UUCAGAGAAUAAUGCAAUAAUGCAACUCUCUCACUCACUUUUAGCAGCUCACUUUUAGCAGCUCAAAACCACAGUCUGAGCAACCCUCCCUCCGCCGCGCUCAGCCACCCUCCUCUCUCGACAUUUUUAUUUUUAUUUUUUACUAAUUGGAUAGCAGAAUGUCUGAGGCAGAGGGAGAAGACGAAGGUACUAUUUGCAGAAGCUGGCAGCGAUUUCAUAGACGUGUUGUUAUGCUUCCUACUUCUUCCAUUGGGAACGAUUAUGGAAGUCCUUGAGAAGCACUACGGAGACAAGGCGCCUGUUGUUGGAAGCUUAACCACUCUCUACAAAGGUGCUUCAAAUCUUGAUAUCAUCCAUUUCCAUGGAGAGGCUUUUAAGAAGUACGUGAUCAAUUCAACGCAUUUUGAGAGUGAAUUGUGUAAACUGAGGCUCAACAUCCGUGGUACUCAGCCCACAAGUUCCACUUCUUCGGAAUCAUAUGAAGGAGUUUUCACUGAUGGUGCAGCUUCUUUCAUAAUCACCGACGAUCUCUGUGUGCUGCCUAAUGGGACAGGUUCUAUCAUUGAAACUCUCAGCACUAUCGGCGUUUCUGUGAAAGAUAUGGAUGGCAUGGAUAUAAGAAAUGUGACAUUUGGACUGAAUGAGAUUAUUGCUUUGCUGAAGGAAUCAUUGAUUUCCUCGAAUCCACUCACUGCCCUCAUUUUCCCUGGUAGAAAGAUGAUUAGAGCAACAGAGGGGCGUGUUUUGUUACAUCAGAUUGACCCGAGGCCGACUCUUGUGAUCCCAGAAAAUACGAUGUUGAAAGUCAUGCUUCAGAAAUCUACAAACAAGUUUCUGUUUGCUCAGGCAGAUUGUGAUUUCGUAAAUUUUCUUUUUGUCAUGCUGAUCAUUUCCUUAGGAAGAGUUGAGUGGUUUUUGGGAAGUAGCACUGGUCUCAAGAGUAUGGAUAAUUUGCAUAGAAGUGUCGCUGAUAAUUUUAAUAAUAUGCAUCUGAAAGAUUCAGACACCAUAGACUUGCUAAUCAAGCCUAAGCAUCCUAAUUGCUAUUUGUUCAAUGGAAACAGACUCUGUCUUAUGAAUUUCGAACACAUUGGAAAUCAAUCUUAUGUCCACGGACCGAGAAUGUAUAUGGUACGUGAUGACUUGACUGUUGCACCGUUGGGGGUAACCUUAGGUCUUUCUGUUUUCAACGAGUUGAAGAUCUCUUUGUCUGAUAUAAAAGAAAUAGAGGUGCAAGUUGGGUUGGAAGAGGGUUUAAGCAUAUUGAAAGCGGCUCUUACAUCGACCACUGCUUUGACAGAUGGCCUCAUCAACCCCUUCUUAAAUAAACAACCUCAAUAAGAAAUGGAGCGUCACUCGGAGUCGAAGAGCAGCUCAAAACCACCGUCAUAGCCACCCUCCCUCCGCCGUGCUCAGCCGCCAUCCUCAAGCAACGUUUUUUUUUUAACAUUUUUAUAAUUACAAAUUGGAAGCUCAGGUACUUUAUGACCCGUUCAUCUCUUGCUCAUUCUGUUUAUGUUUGAUCGUUUAUUAAUUAUCUAAUUAAUUACUACUUUUAUUUUUGUUGGGGAAGUUGAGUUUAUGGUCCAACUUCAAAAAUUAGGCUUUGCUUUUGUUAGACUUGUCGCUUUUGCAAACUAAAAUUAAAUUGAAUGGAUGAGAUAUUUAAGUGUAUAAUUAAUUGGAAUAUUUUACAAAACCAGACUUUUUUUGUUACAUAUCAAGCUACAUCUCGAGUUUGCCUUACUAGAAAAGGUUAGUUUAUGUAAAAAUCAUGGAUUAAAUAUGCCCGGUCAAUGGAUUUUGACCAAAUAAUAAAUGUGACGAGACAUUUAAUUUUGUGAAAUUAAAUGACAUAGCGUCGAUCUACAUUUACGUAGAUAAAUGUA